CUUCACAUUGAAAUUGACCCUGGCCCUGCGUGGGGGCAAGAGGGGCGGUGUUUUCUCAAACCACAGACAACAAAAAAAAAACAGGUCGACGGCGAUUGACAAUUUCCUGAAGAGAGGUCGGCCUUAUCACUCCCAAAUCUCUCUUCAAAGUGUCCCUAUCUGCAGUGAACCCAAGUCGUCUGAAUCCGUUCCAUGCACACAUAAUGGAAUAACUAAGUUACCUGGGAGAGAAUCCGGAACGGAGCCCUAUGCGGUGCGCUUUACCACUCCGAUAGUGACUGACGUCCUCUUGGAAACCGAUUUAUACCAAAUAUUUCAGGUAUGAUUCAGAGGAAGGAGGUGAUACUCUCAGUCCUAGGGGAGCUGCAGGAUGCCACAGAGAGCUCCGGCCUGCACGCCCUCACCAGGGUAGCUCUGGAGGUCCACCAGGUACUGACCCCCUUCACCCUGCCUUCCUCACCUUGCCAGGAGUUCCCCGGCUGGGCGGGCAUCGACGGCGUGGCCCAUAGCCUGUACCCUGCUGACGCCCCCGGAGGCCUCCUGCCUCUGGCCUGUAAGGGAGAGGGGAACCUGUUGUUUGAUACAGCCAGCAUGCUGCUAGUGGGGAUGACUAGUCUCAGUCUGGAGCUGCAGGUACGUACGGUGGUGGAGAUGCUGCUGUGGAAGAGAUACUACCUGGGCGGUAUGAUCGACUCGAAGGUGAUGCUGCAGGCGGCCAGGUUCAGCCUGUGUGCCGAGGAGUCCCAGGACAUGCUCAACCUCCCCCUUUCAGUCCUUGAAGCUAUCUUCGACGCCGACGUCAAAGCCUCCUGCUUCCCCGGCUCCUACGCUAACAUGUGGCACCUCUAUGCUCUUUCCUCCGUCCUCCAGUGCAACAUCUAUUCUGUCUACCCCAUGUACAACCUCAAGAUACGACCCUACUUCAACCGCCUGAUAAGACCCAGGUCCUACCCCAAAGACAUGGAUCCUAUCACCUUGCACAUCAUGUGGUCCGGAGAGCUGGAGGGGGGCUCCUCCAGGUUCAGACCUACAGUCUUUGUAGCAUUAGGCCAUUCUAAUGACCUCCGGACGGGCAGUCCUAACGACGAGCAGAGGGUCCCCCCUCUGAAGACACUGGAGCUUCUCAACCAGGACUCUCUCCUGUCCUACUCCAGUCUGAAGGACAAGUACAACGUCACCAAGAGUACGUUCUACCGCUGGAGACGGCAGACGCAGGAGCAUCGUUUAAGGUCUGCUGCCAGGUACGAGGCCAAACACUUCCUCCAAGCGUGCUAUCUGGAAGGGAAGCUCAUCCCUCUGCAUCAGUUCAAAGAGUUCUUCCCUGAGAUCUCCAGAUCCACCUACUAUGCAUGGAAACACGAGCUGAUCUCAUCCGGCGGUCAUUUCUCCACGUUCUCCACGAACGAGGUGAGUCCAGGGGACAGCACGGAGCAGGAGUCCUGGUCCUCUCCAGAGUCCAAGCUCGGGCAGGAGGAAGACCAUGAGGUAGAGCCAGACGCAGAGCAUCACGACAGCAUGGCCAGUCUGUUCGGCCUGAACUACAACGAUGAUAAAAUGGAUGGAGAACGGGCCCAAAACAUGGCUCUGAUGCAGGAGGCAAAGAAGGUUCUUCAGAACUGCAUCGCUAGGAAUACAUCGUUCCCCUUCCGCAUCUUCAAGAGGAGCUUCCCAGGGAUCUCCAGGUCUACUUAUUACAACUGGAGGAGAGAGGCCAUGCUGUUUAACCGAGGCUACAAGGUCGGAAGCAGUGAAAACAGCUUGGACACGGAUACUAGUCCAACUGGUGGUCUGUCCCCUAUCAGGGGGACUGAGAGCCAUGGUCAUGCUGCCACGGUCUUCCCCAGAGUUAAGAUCUGUAGAAACAACCAUAAAGGGUUCAGGAUGGUGUUCCUACACAGGAAGAAGCUGAGAGAAGCUGCCAAGGUGAAGGUGUGGAGGUCAAAAUGGCCUCUGUCUAGGUUCAGAGUGAAGUACCCCUCCCUGUCCCUCUGUUUCUAUUGGCUGUGGCGUAACGGCCCCAGUGGAACCAGGAAGGAGGAAACCACCACCCCGUCUCUAGAGGUGGACCGUUCUGAGAUGAUUAUGGAGAACAACAACGCAGUGAAAGAGAAUGGGAUGAUGAUGAUGGCAGAGAGUGACAUAAAGACAAAAGCUCCAAUGCAGGAUGUGUUCUCCUUUGAGGGGGACCCGACAGAGGAUCUGAGAGGCCCCGUCACCAUGACCUCUGUGACAUCCCCCUUCGACCUCCCCAACCCAACUAAUAUGUCCGCCACCACAGACGACCAGAUGUUUGUGAUGGAUCUGGUGGCCCUGGCUAACUUCAAGGCCAAGGCCAAACUGUUCCUCCAGAAACGCUUCGAGGAGAAGUCCUUCCCCACCUUCAAAGAGUUCAGGUCCUUCUUCCCCCUGACUCCCCGUUCCACCUACUAUAUGUGGAAGAGAGCCCUGCAUCACGGAGUGCCACUGGUACAUGGCUGAGAGAGAGAGAGAGGGCAUGGCUGAGAGAGGACACUUAGUGUAAUGGUGGUCAUACACUCUGUUACACUAGCUUUAAGCAGAAGGGUGUCCCUGUAACAAACUGAAAUGCUCUCUUGUCUGUAGUCUCUUCCAAAUCCUAAACUCUUUCCCCCUCCCCCGUCACUCCCUCAAACAGAGUCCUCAGUAUCAACCCCCACCCCCUCCUCACCCACUUUGAAAUUAUGUAGAUUUUUCACAAUUGUUUUCAACUGAGCACACUGUAAUCAUUUUGGUUUGUAGUUUGAGGUAUGCUUCAGCACCUGGGUGAAGUCUAAUGUAUUGAAAUGGCAGCCAAAUGCAUCCUAAACAUGAUGUUCACCCUCCAUCUCGUCUCCAUUCCUGGCUCUCCUUUGUUCUCCUCCCUCCCUCCAUUCCUUCACCUAUCACCUUCAGGUCAUGGACAUUUGCACAUCUGUGAAAAGACACUGUCCUACAGUUCAAGUAAUGGUCCUCCGGCCUCUAGCAAAAGGCAGUUGAAAGUCAUCCUGAUAGUGACCAACCAGUGGGGGGUUGAUUGUUUUUAAAUGGCUCUUUGUUUGAGACUGGGUGUGUUCUUCUCUUGUAAUUUAGUUGUAAUCCCCCUUCAGGAAGGACUCCUUUUAUUUCCCUGUUUUUCUUCUUCUCUUGUAUUUAGUUGUAAUCCCCCUUCAGGAAGGACUCCUUUUAUUUCCCUGUUUUUCUUCUUCUCUUGUAUUUAGUUGUAAUCCCCCUUCAGGAAGGACUCCUUUUAUUUCCCUGUUUUUCUUCUUCUCUUGUAUUUAGUUGUAAUCCCCCUUCAGGAAGGACUCCUUUUAUUUCCCUGUUUUUCUUCUUCUCUUGUAUUUAGUUGUAAUCCCCCUUCAGGAAGGACUCCUUUUAUUUCCCUGUUUUUCUUCUUCUCUUGUAUUUAGUUGUAAUCCCCCUUCAGGAAGGACUCCUUUUAUUUCCCUGUUUUUCUUCUUCUCUUGUAUUUAGUUGUAAUCCCCCUUCAGGAAGGACUCCUUUUAUUUCCCUGUUUUUCUUCUUCUCUUGUAUUUAGUUGUAAUCCCCCUUCAGGAAGGACUCCUUUUAUUUCCCUGUUUUUCUUCUUCUCUUGUAUUUAGUUGUAAUCCCCCUUCAGGAAGGACUCCUUUUAUUUCCCUGUUUUUCUUCUUCUCUUGUAUUUAGUUGUAAUCCCCCUUCAGGAAGGACUCCUUUUAUUUCCCUGUUUUUCUUCUUCUCUUGUAUUUAGUUGUAAUCCCCCUUCAGGAAGGACUCCUUUUAUUUCCCUGUUUUUCUUCUUCUCUUGUAUUUAGUUGUAAUCCCCCUUCAGGAAGGACUCCUUUUAUUUUUUUGUUAAUCCAUUUGAUGCCUGUCUACCUGUUCUGUAGGAUUCCUAGUGGUUUACCUUCUUUAAUGUGUUGUAUUGAAAGAAGU